AUGGAGAUUGCUUUGAGAGAGGAGAAGGAGAGACAGGAGAGUUCUUUUACCAACGCAUUCUGGAAGCGAAGCAGCAAAGACAAAGAAGAAGACGAGGGAGAAGAUGAACUCGCGACUGCGUUGCGACCGUUUCAAAACCACUUCGCUUCGACUGCCUCUUCUCUGCCUAAAGUCUCCUCCUCGAACGUCGAACAAACGCAACGACGAGAUGAUACAUUUGAAGCGGUGGAAAUCGUCAGCUCGAAGAGACACGCUCAGAUGCAAGAAAUCAUCGCGAACGAUGGGUCGGAGAGAGGGACGUGCGUGGCGAUGGGGCCGUUAGGGGUGAUUGCGGUUGGAUUCGCGGACGGUACGAUACGGUUGACGAGAGCGCAACACGCGGAAGGGAAGGAGGAGAAGAAGGAGUAUAACACGACGACGAUGCGAACGAUACCGGCGAUUCAGAGAGAAGAAGGGGAGGGAAAAGUGCUAGCAUCGAACGGUAGUGAUAAUGGUUCUUUUUUGAGAGUGACCGCUUUGAGUUUUGCAAACGGCGGCGAGUGGUUGGUUUCCGGGCACGACGACGCGUCCAUAGCGUUGUGGGACGUGAAGAGGUGUUCGCAGUUGAAACGAGUGAAGGCGCCGCCGCCGACGACGCAAAAUAUGGCAUCAUCAGAUGUGUCCAUGGUCGUUGCAAUCGUAGCGAUGAGUCAAAUUCCGAAUGCAAGUUCACAGUGCGAAGUCAUCGCUGCGUUAAAGUCUGGGCAGGUUUUGCGACACGAGUUUUCUUGGUUCGGUCCGCUCUUACGGAACAAAACGACUUCAUUAGGGGAAAAGACGUUUGUCAUUGGAGGCGACGCGCUUCCGGCGAAAAGCUACGCGGUAAAACCUCCCGUUCCCGGGACCGUGCCAUGGUUUUGGGGCGACGAAAAAUUAAAGGAGCAAUUGGAUAAAGAAGCGGAUAUGAACAACUCGGCGCUUUUAGAUUCUACGAUCGCGAUGGAUUCGGCUGGUGGCGCCAACGCGACUGAAAGCAUUUCCGGCGUUUCGAAUUUACUUUCCGAGUUCAACGGUAAAACCAGCACGAGCGCGGCAAACGCAUCCGGUUUAGUUUGUUUAACCACUGCGAGUGCGUGUUUAGUAAUGCGCUUAUAUCCGGACGCCGAGGUUGUUGCGAAGAUUCCAAGACCGAAAGAUGUGGACGCGUCCAAAGUCCCCUACGCGAGGUUUCGACCAAAAGUCGUCUCGUACAAAAAUGUAAAGAGUAGCGUUAGCGCAAACAAUAGCAACAGUAGUAGAAGCAGUAGCAACGAGGGCGACAUGGAAACGAGAGAACUUGCGGUCGUUUGGGGCAAUCGGGUCACGAUUUGGGAGUUAGGUAUUUUAUCUCCGGAAAACGUGCUCAAAGUCAAUCGCGAGAUUCAAAAACAGAAAAUGGAAAAGAAAGAAAGUUCGGCAGCGGCGAGUUCAAAAUCACCCAAAGGGCAAUCGGGUGGAAGAUGCGUACCUAAACUCCGGCGAGAGUGGCAGCUACCGGAAAAUGUUGUGAAAGACUCAGACGGAUGUGGGUUGAUGUGGUUCGGCGACGAAGUGUUAGGUGUCAUUUGCGGACAACGGGUCGCUACGUUGCUCGCGUUUGAUGCGAAAAGCAGCUACGGCAAACUUUUAGAGCGCGUCGCGUUGGAUGCGCAUCCGACCGCAACUUCAUUACCGGUACCGUCUCGGGACGCUCCGAAACAACCUCCCUCUUCCGAGCACGUCGUUUGGAGCAGUCACGGGUCGUGCGCGAAUCGGGGAGCGGGUGCGGUUAUUUUAUCCGCCGCGUCUAUUCGAGUGUGUAAAAUUCUCGGGUGGCGAGAGCGCGCGAAUGCGCAUCGUAAACUUAGCGACUGGGGUGGUGCUUUUGCAGUGGCGGUGGCGGCGUACAAACAAAGCUUUCGUCGAGACGAAGAUGUCGACGAUGUUUUCGUCGUCAACGACACUAAUAAAGCCGUGAAGAAAUCGACGACAUCUUUUGCGCCUUAUUUGGCCGGAAUACCGUCGGAUGCGCGAGCUCGCAUCAUAAAUGAAUCUCAACUGCCUCAGACGGCCGUGAAAUCCGAAAGGGAAGCGGCACGGGAGGUGUGUCUGAAACUCUUGCCACAGUUUCUUCAAGACGCCAUGAUGGUUGUGCAGGCAACCUCAGGCGAAGACGACCAGGCGCACGUGCACGCUGAAUCCGUCGCGCGCGCAACGUUAGCGGUUUGCCUAGCCGUCGAUUCGCUCGACAAAAUGUACGACCAGUCUAUUUACGAUCCUUUGAUGGAAGCAACGCACGGGAAGGAGGCUUUCAUAGAGCGUAUCGUUCCGCAUAUCAUCAGCGACGAGUUACAAAGCUUACCACCAGAAGUUAUGCAGUCUUUAGUCACUCAUUUCGCGUCCAAAGGUGAACAUAGUAUCAUCGAAAAGUGCGUUUUACGCAUGGAUGUGACGAGUUUGGACGUAAAUCAAGUGGCGAGAUUGUGCGAGACGCACGGAAUGUUUGCCGCGCACGCGAGCGUUUUCGUGAGAGCGUUUGAAGAUUUUUCGAGUCCAGCCUUUGCGAUGUUCGAAGACGCGGUGAAAAGGGUGAAAGACGUCGUGGUGAAAUGUAACGACGACGUCUCGACGAUGCGUGAUAGUUCUCAGGAUAAAAAAGACGAUGUAUACUUUGAAGUUUCGAGAAAGUCUGCCCGAAGACUUUUGCUCUUUGCCAGCGAGAGCAUCGCCGGACGAUUGUUUCCGCCGAGAUUUUCCGAAGAUAUGAAAGUUCGCAAGCAAAAUGAGCUGGAUGAUCCAGUCCACGUAGCCAGACGCGCCGAAAAGGCGCGAUUCGAUUUGAUGCGGUUUUUUCUUUCUCAGGACGCGGAUAAAAGCGUUCGCGAAACGGCGGCCGAAGUCGCGAAAGGAAAAGACAACGCCGAGCAAACAUCAAAUGCAAACGCGUUCCGACAGUUUUGGCGCGGCGUUGAUUCGUUGCGAAAGAAGCGCUUUAAGAACAGUGAUGCACAAAACGUUUCUCCAAUGGAUGCACUACUAACGUCGUCGCAAAUUAGAGAAGUAUUCGAUACCCCAGACGCGCCGGACCGAUUGCUGUUUUUGUUCUCGGUCGAACCGGCGGCGACGACGGCGUUUCUCAAAGAUGCGCUUGAUUCGUGGGACGCAUCCGAGCGCGAGCUUUUUGAAGAAAACGCGAAUGACCUCAACAGAACGACAGAUCGAAUGGCAGCACAGGUGGUAUGCGACGCGGCAUUGUUUGCGGCGGAAUCUAUCGAGGAAGAAACAACGUUUACGGCGGAGGAAAUACUCAACGUAAGGCUUUUAGAAAUUAAAAACAGUCUGCUGACGUUUGCGGCUGCGUUGGUUGGCACCGGACGCGUCUCGGUCGAUCGCGAUCGGGAAUUCGCGCUACUCGAAGCGCUCACGGCUGGACCCGUAAAAUCGUUACGCGAGCGGUCAGACGCCGCGUGUCUCAUCGUCGCACAAACCGUCGACGAUUUGACGCGGCGACAUGGCGGCGCGAACGAUACGAGCGCUGCCGUCGCGAAAUACGCGCAGUCAAAAGUGUUCACAUUGCUCUCUGAUGCAAAUUUUGCGCAAGCUAUGACCGUAUUACAUCUCGCCGAGGGCGACUACGGCGCCGCAUUGGAAACUUUAGCCGCGAAAGACGUUUUGAUCCGUCCAAAUUCAGCCGGAUACUUUGCGGACGUUUUACUGGGUUGUGCGCCGGCGGGUGUUGAGGCAGCGAACGAAAACGACGCUGGUCCAGCAGUCGGUCGCGCUCGAGCGCUCCCGGCAGGCGAAGCAAGAGAAGCCUUUAAGAGAUCGCUCUUGCACUCGGCGCCGAAAAUUGCGGAAGUUAACGCCGCUAUCGUCGCUCGAUUAGGCGUCGCGCAUUUCCCGGAUCAGCAAGAAGCUGUUUUGAACGCGCUUUCUUCAAAUCCUUUGUUUCAGUUUUGGUACCUGCGCGAAGUUUUAGCCGGCAAAAGCGCCACGGGAGGAGAAGGUCUCUUAGAAGCUACCACGCGCGGUGAGAACGACGACCACCAAACGCUCGCGCGUUUGAUUGAAAGAUCUGGCGUCAAGGUGACGGAAGAGAUGAGCGAGCUGUACGUCAAGUUGAUGUGUCAAUUCGAGCCGUCGAACGUUUUACCGUUUUUAAAAUCGCGCUCGGGUGGGUAUCGGUUAGACGCGUGUUUGGAGCAGUGUCAAAGUUACGGCGUGGUGGAUGCGUCGGCGCACAUUUUGGAAAAAAUGGGACGCGUUGGCGACGCGUUGGAUUUACACGUUCAAAAAUACGAGCAAAACGUGGAAGCGUUGUCGAAUUUACGCAAUAAUCCAACGUCCACGACGGUUAAUAAAAUGUCAAAAGACGUCUCGCGCGGUUUCGCGAUGGAAAGUUCAGAAUCUCUCGAUGCGGCUACCCGGUUAUGUCUCCGUUGCGACACGUACAAGUUCAUCGAGAGUGAAGCGAUGUGGCAUCGCUUAUUGGAUUGCGUCAUUUCUGCUCGAAUAACGUACGGUUCCUCAGGUCAAUUCGUCGACCAGACGCUCCGCGAACACGUCGAACGCAUCCUCCACGAUACACUCGAGCGCGUCGCGCCAGAAAAAGUUCUCGGUGACGUCUUAAGAACGCGCGGGAACGAAAGUUUGCGCGAAUUGCGUCGCGUUUUGACCGGUAUUCUCGAAACCGUCGAAAGCGAGAAAGACGGCGUUCGAAAAGAAGAAAAAGUUUCAGAACGCAAAGUCCUCAAAGCUGCGGCUGAGAAAUUUUAG